AUGCCAAGCCUCAGAGUCGAAAAACAACAACGAACAACAACAUCUCUUUUCAUCUUCCGCUUCCCCUCUGCCCCAUCUCAGGGCGACUCAGAUCACUCUGGCAGCCUGGAAUGUUUGUCCCCUCUGGACAAUCCUAAUGGCAACCAAAUCGAACUAAGGACGGCGAUACUCGCUCAAAAAUUGGCUUUCCAGAAGGCGGAUACUGCUGUUUUCAGCGAGAUUCUCUUCGCUAAACAGGGCAAACUGGAUGAGUUGGGUGCCCACUUCUGGAGUGGCCGUCCAAAGGCAGAGCGACGCGCCGCUGGCCUUGCCUUCUUCGUCUUUGGUUCCUCACAUUGCCAACACUAG